AUGUCAACAAAAGCCCAUUAUAAACCGGAACCAAGUCCUACUAGAAGAGCGCAAGUCUCGCCCAACAACCAUAAAGGUAAUGGUUAUCAUGAUAUACCGUUGGGCGAAUCAACUCGAACUUCAUAUAUAGAUCGCGAUUCAUAUUUACAACGCACUUCAUUAAUUGAACAACUAGAAUUGAUCGAACCAACCAAAGCACUUGCUACAUAUAACUAUGGUCAAUAUCAAUUGAUACCAGUUGAAAUUGAAAAAGAAGCACAGUUGGGUCUUGUCGUUGGUCAGAUUGAAGGUGAAAGUUGGGUAUUUAUCGAUGAAAUCUUGCCACACGGCAUGAUUGAUACGCAUGGUGUUCUCAAAGAAGGUGAUUAUUUAAUUCAAGCAGGAAAUUAUAGUCUUGUUGAUAUCGAUGUUUCAAAAGCUCUUUUAUUUAUUGAACGUGCUUAUGAUGAUGGGCGAAAAACUAUAUCAUUUGUUGCUGCACGACAAGAAAAAUCUGAUGUUAAAUCUUCACAAAAUCAUAAGCCGAAAAAAGUCAGUCCAGAAGUUCCAAAACAAGAUAUUAAAGAGAUGAGAGCACGAUCAUUUGUCGAAUAUGAAAAUGAAGAAGAAGAAGCACCACCACCACCACAAGUUAAACCGGGCCAUUCAAAAAAACGAAAAGACGUAACAGAUACCAAAUUCUAA